UUUGUUUUUGAUAAUUAAUAGUAAUUGUGAAAGUUGAAAGUCAAAUGGGUUGGGGGAAUGGGAAAGUGAUUAACGUGGAGAGAAAGAGAGAGAGAGAGAGAGAGUCGUCUGAUUAUGACUGUCUCUCUGUCUGGAAGAUUAAGCACAGAGAGAGAGACGUACUAACGACUCUGGCUGAAUAAUAAUAAUAAUAAUAAUAUAAAAGAAAUCAAAUGACAUCAAUAUUAUAUCAUUAUAGACCUUCUAUUCCAAUUCCACAUUACACAACAAAACAAUUCCCACCACCCGUUCUUCAACACAGUUUAAAAAAACAAAGUGUCUAGAAUUAAUCUUGGCAUCCAAGGAAGGAGGGAAAGAGAGAGAGAGAGAGAGAGAGGAUUAUUACCAAACAUUUGUGUUAACAUAUAUCAGAAUUUCCUCUUCAAGCAUCAUCAACAACACUAGCUAGCUCAGACUCUUUCUCCUUUUCGGCAAUAUAUUGUAACAUAUAUAUAUAUGGCUCCCAAGAACACAUGGAGGACCAUACUACCAUCCUGUUUGAAGAUGGAAUUAUUAGAGGCCGCAAAAAAAGGGGAGGAAUAUGAUGAUCAGGAACCCAAGAUCAAUCAGAAGCUAUUAAUGUUGAAACAACAACAAAUCUCCUCCAGGAUGUCAUUAUGGGACAUUAUAAGCAGCAGAAGAAGAAGAAGCAGCAUCAGCAGCAGCAGCGCUGAAUCCAGCUCAUUAUCAUUAUCAUCAUCAUCCUUCACCGCCAGCGACCUCUCCAGUUCUCUGGCCGGCUCCAAUCUCCAUGUGUUCACACUGGCGGAACUCGAAAAGAUAACUCAGGACUUCUCGCCCCAAAAUUAUCUUGGAGAAGGUGGCUUCGGUCCUGUUCACAAAGGCUUCCUCCCCGAACACCACCAUUUCAUCAUGAUCAAGCACGGUUUGAAACCCCAGCAGCCAGUGGCUGUUAAGUUGUUGGAUUUGGAAGGCACUCAAGGCCACAAGGAAUGGCUUGCAGAAAUAAUAUUCUUGGGGCAGUUGAAGCAUCCUCAUCUGGUGAAACUAAUUGGGUAUUGUUGGGAAGAUGAGCAAAGGCUUCUUGUGUACGAGUACAUGCCUGGAGGAAACCUGGAGGAUCAACUCUUCUUUAGUAAUAGAGUAGCAUUGCCAUGGUUAACAAGACUUAGAAUUGCACUUGGAGUCGCCAAAGCCCUUGCUUUCCUCCACGGACAAGACAAACCGGUCAUCUAUAGAGAUUUCAAGACUUCAAACAUCCUACUAGACUCUGAUUUGACAGCCAAGAUUUCAGACUUCGGGCUCGCUAAGGACGGUCCCCAAGGCGACGAGACCCACGUCUCAACCCGCGUAAUGGGUACCCACGGAUAUGCUGCUCCUGAGUAUGUCAUGACUGGUCAUCUUACGAAGAUGAGCGAUGUGUAUAGUUUUGGAGUGGUUUUAUUAGAACUUCUGACGGGGAGAAAGGCUUUGGACAAGAACAGGCCAAGAAAGGAGCAAAGCCUAGCAGAAUGGGCAAGACCAUUCUUGAAGGAACCUGAGAAGCUGGACGGAAUAAUUGACUCAAGGCUGCAGGAGGAGGAUACUCCUAAUUCUGAUCCUGAUCAUGGCCAAUACGACUGGAGAGAAGGAAUUAGGAAGACGGCAUCACUAGCUCAUCAGUGCUUGAGCCAACAAUCCAAGUCUAGACCCACCAUGCUCAGAGUCGUCAAGGCCUUGGAGACCAUCAUCAAGAUCCAACCCCUCAUGAUCCACAACAAUAAUAAUAAUAGUAACAUUAUCAUUCAAAACGACGUUGACGUAGUAGUCCUCGACCACACAAAAGAAAAGCAGCCUUUUAAGCUGGAGCUGGAGCUGGAAGCUCAUGACUACAAACAAAACAAUACCAUUGAUCAUGAUCAGGACGAAGAUGAAGUGGAGAAGAAACAGAGACCAAGAAGGAAAAAGGGUUAUAGGCACAAACACAGACUAUCAUCACUAAAGUCCCGCACUGUCUGCUCCCACUCUGCGCUCCUCUAUCCAACACUUCAAAGUGAAUCUCUUCUUAAUUUGUAUCAACACAACAACAAAAACUAGUCUCACUACGACCAGAUCUGUAAACACCAUCCCACCUUGUACAACCAUCUUCUUUCACUUUCAGACUAUCGUUUUUCAUUAUUUAUUUUCAUUUGUAA